AUGCUACGCAGUGUAAAGGCUGGUAGUACGGUAGUGGUACGACAGAGUUCGUCGCAUCCUACUGAUUUACAGAAGUUCAGAGGUCGAUAUCAAUGGUGGAAGAAGCCGUAAGCUUUUACAUUUUGAGGUAUAAAUUGUAUGAUGGAUAAUAUAUAGUAAACUUUUGAGUAGAAACGUCCCAUUGACUAUAUACAUACAUCUUCAGUGUUUACGUAGCUCCAGUGACUCAUCCUCUACAUCAAGGUCCAGACUUUUCGUUAGUGGGUGGCAGAAAGCCUGAUAUCACAAAUUACCCCGCCCUGGCCAGGAAACAGGAACAGAUGGAGUUGGGGAAGAGGAUCGUGACGUUGCUGAAGCAGGUGAAUGAAGCUGAACGACUUUACGAGGAACACACCAGCCAACAACAACAUAUCGAGAACGAGGUGAGGAGGUGGACGCCUUCCGAGAAAGGAAACUUGGAGUUCAAAUAG